AUGAAUCAAAAACCAAUAUUUGUUAUAACACAAGGAUUUAGUAAACAAGGUAGUAGUGUAAUUAAAACAUUGGUAUCAGAGAAUGAAUAUCAAUUGGUUGCAUUGACAAGUAAACCUGUUGAUGAUGACAGUCGUCGAGAUCAAGUCGCACGAUUACAAGAGAAACAAGUACGUGUAGUACAAUGUAACGUGUCUGACAAGGAUGCAUUGGUUCAGGUGUUUAGAGGUGCCUAUGGAGCAUUCUUGGUCAAACCUCUAGUCUCUCCAUUUGAACCAAACUUUAAAGAACGUGAAUUUGCAGCCCUCCAAGUACAAAUCGAUGCAGCCAUUGAAGCUCAAGUCACUCAUAUCAUCAUCUCUGGUACUGAUAGCGGUCAUUUUACAAAUGAUCAGACGACUGUCUUGGAUGACUCCACCACCACCUAUCGUACACCAAUUCAAAAGUAUUUAGAAGAAAAGGCUACCAAUGAUCCAAAGUCUACUACCAAAUACGUUUCAACAAUUAAUCUAAUUGAAUUCUCAAGACCAUUGGUAGAGACUGAUUCUUCUGAUGGAUCACAAUCAUUCACGUUUGCCAUUCCAUUUGACGUUGACCAAAAGAUUCCCUAUGUCGAUCCAUACACAUCGACUGGUCGCGUAGUGUCACUCUUUUUACACGACCCUGUCAAGUACAACCGUGCUACUCUUGCAGUCGUCGCAGAGUAUCUCACACCUGGCACCAUUGCUAGCACAUUUUCAGAGGUCACUGGUCUCAAGGCCACCUAUCGUUUCCAAACUGAACAAAACUUUUUGGAUGCCUCUGGACUCGGCCAAGCACCCCCAGAAUACCAAAUGAUGGGUAAAGCCUUGUACAGUAAUUUCAGAAAGUCUGUUCUCGAUCCGUUCGUCUUUAAGUACUGUGAUACCUCACUCUCGAAUCAACUCGUACCAAAUCAAUCAACCUUUAAACAAUUCCUUCAAAAUACAAAUUGGAAGGGUGAAUCUUAUCAAGACUUUAGAUUCAAAUUAAAUAAAUAA